CGGAGUAACUUCUUUUGGCUGAAAAGAAAAAAAACCGGUGUUUAUUUCCGGUUGUGGUUUCGUCUCGCGUAGCCUCCUAGUUUGCCAGAAGUAUUUUUUAUUGGUAAUCGAUAGCGGCGAAUAGUCGUGAGAGUAUAAUUAUUUUUAGAUGGUUCUCUUAACAUCUUGCUUGAGAAUAUUCAUUAUUAACCGACUGACAUCUAAACUUUUGCAAGAAAACUCGCUGAUUUAUACCCCUCUGCCUUUGGCUUUGCAACACCUUUCGCCAGAAUAGGCAGAAGUUGGCAAAAAUUGAGACCGAGUUUAGAGAGACCGCAAACUGAUCACAUCUCUAGUGAAAACAACUGCAAUAAGAAAGAAGUUGAUUCCGGGAAAAAAUGGAGCCUAAAGUGAUACUUUUUGGAGAUUCUCUGACACAGUAUGGUUACAGCUUUGAUGGAUGCUGGGUAGCAUUGAUUGCUGAUUUUCUGCAAAGAAAAUGUGAUGUCGUAAACAGAGGAUUUUCUGGCUACAACUCAAGAUGGUGCAAAAUUAUACUUCCAAAAGUGAUUACAAAGGCUGAUGUUAAAUCUGUUGCCAUGGUAACAAUCUUCCUUGGGGCCAAUGAUUCAGUAGACAGCCUCAUAUGUCCAAAACAGCAUGUACCUUUAGAGGAAUAUACACAGAACAUGAAGGACAUGAUCCAGUAUCUCAUGGACAUAGGGAUGGAGAGACAUAAGAUAGUAGUGAUUUCCCCACCUCCAUGUGUAGAGAGCAAAUGGGAGGCGGAUUGUAAAGAGAGAGAUAUACCGUUUGGUAAAUACAAUGCUGCAACAAAGGCAUAUGCGCAAGCUGCAAUGGAAGUGGCAAAGGAAUGUGGCACAAAAUCUGUAGAUUUGUACACUUCCAUGAUAAAACAAGAGGACUGGCAAGACAUGCUGAAUGACGGCCUUCAUCUGUCAAGGCUCGGCUCGGAGCACCUGUUUGAGCUGAUGUCGGAGCACCUCACUCCCGUGCAUGACUCGCUUCCCUUCGCCUUCCCAUACUGGGCUGAUAUUGACAACGACAACCCUCACGCAAUUCUCGAUACUUAUAGUUCAUGUUAGAUUUGCACUGAAUAGGUGUGUUUAAAUUAUGGUACCAAGAUUGAAUUAACCGAAGAUUCAAAGACUAUGGCCCCGUUGUCAAAAAAAUGAACACUUGGUGAAAGCUUUGGGUAAGUUUCAAUUUUACAUAGAAUUGAUAUUUUUUCGUAAAAUCAGUACUUUCCCAAAACUAAGCACACAUAAUUAACUAGUUCUACAGAUUAAAUCCUUGAUUGUGAAAUUCUUCUAAGUAAAGAACGUGAAAUUUGUGUUCAAACUUCAACCAUCAAGGAGAAUACAGAGCCUGAACAAUUUAACUUAUAACUAAAUUAAGUUUCAUGCAUGAAGUUUAAAUUUGCAUGAUCUUUGAAAUUUUAAAACUAUUAGUAGUCAAUUGUUAGUGUACUUUGCUAUUUUAAUAGCUGGUUUCGCUUUAUAUUUAAAUGUUAAUACUAAACAACACACACACAUGAAAAUAAGUGAAAAGUAAAGAACUAACAAUUUGAAAGUACUGGCAUUCCAUUAUUCCAGUGGAAUGAUAAGUGACCUAGUUAUAGAUAGAUACCUUAAUGAAUUGUUAGAAUAGAAGAUACAUUUAUACAUAUUAUGUAUUCUACUUGAUGAAACUAAUGUAUCAUUUGAUAUUACUACAUACAUAUCUUAGCUGCUUCAUUAUAACAAUGUUAAAUAAAUGCCUGCUUUAGCUUACAUGUAAAUGUUGUGGGUUUGUGUAUGGUGUUGAAGUAUCACAAUAUUUUAGCUUUAUUAAGCAAAAAUGGGUCUUAUGUCAUAUGCCAUCAUUGUUGCUCCUCUGACCAGUCUGCCUGUUUGAGCAAUCUAGCCAAAAGCUACACUGUUUUCUAUAAAGCCAGUUUCGUGGUCUAAUAAGUGGCCAGGAUAGCUCCUGACCAGACUUCCCGGAUGUGCAAGACUAGUCUGGGGCUACACUGCCCACAUAUGGCAUGACAGCCAUUUGUGCAUGCCCUGGCGCAUUUAAAGUGUGAUGUUCUUAUGACAGUAUUUUCCAGAUUUCAGGACAUAAAACAAAUUCUUUAAGGAAACAGCUUCCAAGAUCAAGUUAUGUUUAUAGUUUAUUACAAUAAUUACAGCAUAUUAGCAAAAUUACAUCUCUUGAAAUUGAGAUCGACCUGUGAUAGUUGAAGGUUGUCUAAUCCUACAGUCAGUGUGUGAAGUGCAAUACUUUUGAAAUUGUUAUAAAGUACGCCCUGGCUGUACGCACAUCUGUCAUUAGUCUUACUUUUGAGAAAUUAAUCCCUUUUUUUUCUUUCAUAUUUAAUGCAAGGACAUGAUACAAUAUAUUUUAAUGUCUCUUUUUUUUGUUUCUUUACCAUGCUUUGUUCUAAUGGAACUUCUACAGUGUGUUUUCAAAUAACUGUUAUUUAUUUUAUGCUUUCCCAUGGUUUAUAGAGAAAUAUCAGUGAUUUAAAACUGAUAAUUUCCCUGUUUCAAACAGUGAAAAUUAUCUAUAACUUUCACUGCUGUGAAAUGACGUCAUUUUUUGACGAAGUGACGUCAUUAUCCCAGUGAAAUUCUUUAGUUUAACUCUUUAUUAAUGUAUAUAAACUAUGAAAAAAAGCAUAAAAUAAAAAGAAAAUUUAUUGGAUUCAGUUAUAUCGAUUUUAAUUCACGAGUGAUCAUAGAAAAAAUAUUUUUUCUAUGAUAACUUGUGAAUUAAAAUUGAUAAUCCACCAAAUCCAACAAAUAUCCUCUAUUUUAUUAUACUGUCGAUGGCAUUUUUCAUGUUUGUCAAGUUCAAGUUUGUGUUCAAUUCUAUAUUUGUUGUAAUGAAUCAUAUAUAAUUUUAUUGAUUGUUUGUUUGACGUAUAAAUGUGAAAGAUUUAUGAAAUUAAAACAAACACAAUGUU